UUGAAGACAACCUUUUGGCUUGAUGCGUUGCGGACCAUACACGCCCCACCUUCGGUUACUUUGGACAAUAUAUGGGAUACUCUUCACAUGCGUUUUACUUCCGCCGACAGCUUCUGUGCGCGCAACAUGGCAAAAAUAGGACUAAUAUUCCAAACGACUUGGGCCAUACACUGGCAUUCUGUCUUAGAUCAGACACCUUGGAACCACACUAUAGCCAUGAACCAUCUUAUCUCCCUAUUAGCUCGAUACACAUUUCUAUCAUCACCUGUUAAUGUUGACUCCACCAAUAAUAUUAGGGCAUAGAGCCCCUAAUUUAAAUAAACAUCUUUCAUACAGAAAAAAUUAUUUCCUGGCUAAAUUUGGCCAGACG